AUGAACAAUUGUAUCAUUAAGUUUUCUUUGUCUCUUCUUGUAAUCUUACAUGUUUUUCUUUCCCUGCUACUUUUGUUUUUUAACCAUGCCUCAGCCGCUGAAUUAACAUUCAAUAUUAUUACUCUUGGAGCUAAGCCUGAUGAAAAGACCGAUGCCUCGCCUAUGCUUCAAACGGCAUGGGCUAAGGUCUGUGACUCAUCUGAACCAGCCACUAUUUAUGUUCCCGAGGGUAUAUUCUUCGUUCGAAGUGUGAGAUUUAAUGGGCCUUGUAAGAACAAUGCUAUUACUGUUCUUAUUGAUGGAACUCUUGUGGCUUCCUCGGACAUUCAAGUUUUAGCUAAUUCUAGUUCUUGGAUUUCGUUUAAUCACAUAAAUGGGCUUUCCAUUACUGGCGGUAUUAUUGAUGGGCAAGGAACACCCUUGUGGAAUUGUAAACACUCACGGAAGAGUUGCCCCAUUGGAGCCAGGAGUCUUCAAAUAAAUGAUGGAAAGAAUGUGAACAUCAAUGGAUUAUCUUCAAUUAACAGCCAAUUGUUCGGCAUUGUUAUGAAUCGGUGCCAAAACGUGCAUAUGAGUAGAGUGAAUGUCUUGGCUGCGGGCGAUAGUCCAAACACUGAUGGCAUCCAUGUGCAACAAUCAUCUGAUGUGACCAUCCUCAACUCGAACAUUGGAAACGGUGACGACUGCAUCUCCAUCGGUCCAGGGACAUCCAACAUGUGGAUCGAAACUAUUACAUGUGGGCCUGGACAUGGAAUCAGCAUUGGGAGCUUAGGGAUAGAGGCUGAGGAGGAUGGAGUGCAUAACGUUACCGUGAAAUCAUCUACAUUCACGGGGACUCAGAAUGGAGUAAGGAUUAAGUCUUGGGGAAGACCAAGCAAUGGAUUCGCUACAAACGUUCAUUUUCAACACAUUACUAUGGAUAAUGUGAAAAACCCAAUCAUAAUCGAUCAAAAUUAUUGUCCACAUCUCAAAGAUUGUCCUGGUCAGGAUUCUGGAGUUAAAGUUAGCGAAGUAACAUACGAAGACAUCAAGGGAACUUCAGCCACUGAAAUAGCAAUCAAGUUUGAUUGUAGUCCAACAAAUCAUUGCACUGGAUUAAACUUGAUAGACAUAAACCUAACUUAUGAGAAUCACAUCGCUAAAGCUUCAUGUAAAAAUGCUGAAGGAACUACCUCUGGUGUGGUUGAACCUUCUAGUUGUUUAGCACCCGCAAACUUUUAUCCAUAUAAUAUAGACCCUUUAGGCGAGGUGAGCUUAAGUCAAGCUACAGGCUAUCACGGUCAUGCUUGUCCAUGGCGUGUUGCCUACGGUCGCAUGUCAGAUGUCCCCAUCAUGCUUGUUCAUGACGCUAAGGCAUGUGACUCGUCUGAACCAGCCAAUAUUUACGUUCUCAAGGAUAUAUUUCACGUUCGAAGUGUGAGCUUUAAUGGGCCUUGUAAGAACAAUGUUAUUACGGUUCUCAUUGAUGGAACUCUUGUAGCUUCCUCAGACAUUCAAGUUUUAGCUAAAACUAAAUCUUGGAUUGAGUUUAGUCACAUUUCCAUUACUGGUGGUAUUAUUGAUGCGCCAGGAACUGCCUUAUGGGAUUGUAAACGCUCAGGGAAGAUUUGCCCUACGGGAGCCACGAGUCUUCAAAUAAAUGAUGCACAAAAUGUGAACGUCAAUGGAUUAUCUUCAAUUAACAGCCAAAAGUUCAACAUUGUGGUGGAUGGGUGUCAAAACGUGCAUAUGACAAGAGUGAAUGUCUCGGCUACAGACGAUAGUCCAAACACUGAUGGCAUCCAUGUGCAAAAAUCAUCAAAUGUGACAACUCGAGCAUUAGCAACGGUGACGACUGCCUCUCAAUCAGUCCAGGGACCUCCAACUUGUGGAUAG